AGCGUUUGUAUGGCGGAAGCACGUCUCUGAUCUGAGCGCAGAAAUCGAGGUACGCGUGUAUGGCGGAAGUACGUCUCUGAUCUGAGCGCAGAUAUCGAGGUGCGAGUUCAUCUUUCAUAUGCUGUGUUUAUCGGACCUCCUGGAGACAGACAGAGGCCCGGUCCAAGUCCUCAGACAAGGAUUAGUUCAGAUAGAACCACCGGAUAACUAAAACUGUUUUUCAGUGCUUGCCACUGCCGCAAAAGGCUUUAAGUUACUUCCACGGGUGUCGGGUGGGGAUGUUGUUAGCCAGCCAGCUAGCUAGCCAGCCAGCUGUCUGAGUCAACCUGUAUUGAGCGAUUGAAAGCUUCGAAGAAGAGUCAACUUGCUUGCAAGCCAACUGACGAGAACCUGUAUAGAACUUGGAAAGAAUCAAAUGUUCCUCAGCCCUCUCUUCGUGAAUUCUCACUAGCCUGAAAGAAGUAUCAUCAGUGUUUGCGUGUCCUUGUGUGCAUGCCUGAAUAACAGGGCCCGCGUGAGAGGGAGUGAGUUUGUUACCUUCUCUGGGUGAAUAUCUCACUGCCCUGGACAUGAUGGGCCCGAGGCGGAAGUCCACCAAGACACAGCUCGCCAGUGGGGGAGCUGCCAAUCCUUACAGACUGGAGGAGCCCAAGGACUACAUCAAUGAACUCUCCCAUGAGGUCCUCUGCCACAUAUUCCGGUAUCUGCCCAUGCAGGACAUCAUGUGUAUGGAGUGCCUUUCUCGGAAGCUUCGGGAAGCGGUGACACUGUACCUGCGGGUGGUGAAGGUGGUGGACCUGUGUGCUAGCCGUUGGUGGGAGUACAUGCCCUCAGGUAGGCAGAGAGGAUUCACAGACUGCAGUUUCCUCAUGCUGCUGAAGAAGAUGCCAGACCUGGAGCAGCUGUAUGGGCUUCAUCCCCGCUACCUGGAGCGCCGCAGAGUCCGGGGAUACGAGGCCUUCAGUAUCCCAGGAGUACUGGAGGCACUUCAGGCCUGCCCCAACCUGCUGGGAGUGGAGACGUCUCAUCUGGAGUUGGUGGAGGCAAUCUGGAACUACAUGCCUCAGGUCCACAUCCUGGGGAAGUUCCGCAACCGCAACGGGGCGUUCCCCAUUCCCCCUGAAAACAAGCUCACCAUCCCAAUCGCAGCCAAAAUACAAACCCUGCAUCUUGUCGGGGUGAAUGUGCCAGAGAUUCCGUGCGUCUCCAUGCUAAGACACCUGUACCUGAAGUGGGUUCGCCUCACCAAGCCCCAGCCCUUCAAAGACUUCCUGUGUGUCAGCCUGCGGACCUUUGUGAUGAGGAACUGCGCUGGCCCCACCAACUCUCUGAAGUACGUGCCCCUGGUGACGGGCCUUGCCUCGGCCCGCAAUCUGGAGCAGCUGGAGUUGGUCAGAGUGCCCUUCCUUGGGGGGCUCAUCCAGCAUGUGGUGGAGGACAGCUGGAGGUCAGGUGGAUUUCGCAAUUUGCACACUAUUGUAUUUGGUGCCUGUAAGAAUGCACUUGAAGUUGACCUGGGCUACCUCAUCAUCACUGCUGCACGCAGAUUACAUGAAGUUCGAAUCCAACCUUCCCUAACCAAAGACGGGGUGUUCUCUGCACUGAAGAUGGCUGAGCUGGAAUUUCCCCAGUUUGAGACUUUGCACCUUGGAUACGUCGAUGAGUUCCUAUUGCAGUGUAAAAUGAGUCACUCUGAGCUAGUGAAGUAUGGCCUGGCUGACGUCAUUGAAAACCCAGGUAUCAUCACAGACAUCGGGAUGAAGGCUGUCAACGAGGUGUUCUCCUCCAUCAAGUAUCUGGUCAUAUACAACUGCCCCCACCUCCACAACCCACACAAGUGGAUUACAGACCACUCGCGGUGGAGUCGCUUGGUGGACCUGACUCUGGUGCGUUGCCAUGCCAUCAAGCUGGAGUCGUUCAGCCAGUUCAUUGAACUGCUUCCCAGCCUGGAGUUCAUCUCCCUGGACCAGAUGUUCAGAGAGCCACCCAAGGGCUGUGCCCGUGUGGGUCUGAGUGCUGGCACUGGGAUAGGGGUCUCCUCUGCCCUGGUCAGCAACCAGAACUCUAACAAUGACAAUGACAAUAACAACAACAACAACAACCACCAGAACAACAACGAUGCACCCAACAUCCCACCGCACAACAAUGACAACGAGGAGGGUGCAGCUGUCGUGCCUCAACCUCAACACAGGGCCGAGGAGCUUCCUGAGGUGAACGGGAUGUUGCAGGAUGAGAACAUCGAGGCUGAGGCCAUGGUCCAGGCCUGGCCUGCAGAUGAGAUGGAACCCCCUGGUCCCAGUCAGCCUGCUGCCAACCCUCGGCCAGACAACGCAGACGAGGAGCAAGCAGGUCCCAGUGGUGUUCAGUGUGUGGUGAAGAAACCUCCAGUGGUGAUUUUCGACUCGGACAGUGAGGAUGAGGAGGGCCCUGCCAGAACCCAGGCUCCAGGCCAGCCCCAGCAGCAGCAGCAACAACUGAUCACUUAUCCUCCUGAACUACCGCAGCCCACUGGCAAGACUGCCACUGCUGAGGAGGCAGCCACACACAUUAAUAAAGGGAAGACGCCCCUGCGUCGACGAGGGCCACCCCUGCAGGAGCCCAGCUGUGAGAAGGGUUGCCAGGUCACCAGUGAGCAGAUCAAAGCUGACAUGAAGGCUGCAACUGAGGUCCCUGACAAAGACAAGAACUCCAAGGAGCAUGCUGCAGGGACAGGGGCUGCUGGGGGGGCAGGCUGUACCACGGGGGGCUGUGUCUGCUCUGUCCACUGGAGAGAAGACUCUGCUAACCAGGAGGAACAGUCCAGAGCCCGGGCAGGGGACGAGGGUACAGUCAGGACUCGCUGCACCUGCAGUAGGGCUCGCCCCAUCCCAGAGGGAAGGACUCAAAGUGGGCCCAACCACCCAGCCUCUGGAGGGGACAGGACCCCAGAGAGGAGGCAGGAUCUGGGGGAGGGAGCAGGCGCAGAGGGGCUGGAGGCCAGGGACCCUGCUGAAGAGAGCCUGGAGAGGGGUGUGCCUGAGGGGCACCGUGGUGAGAGGAUGUUGGGUCAGAGCUCCAGGGAGGCCAGCGUAGAGCCCCAGCCCAGAGGGUUAAGAGAUGGCUUCCCCAGGCGACCUGUCACCCGUGCCCGCAGCAGACUGUCAUCUGUACCUCUGGUGUCUGAGUCAGAGUUGUCCAAUUCCAAGCCUCGGGUCACUGUAAAGAGGAAACGCACAGCAGACAAGUCCACCAGCACCAGCGACCCGGUCACUGAGGACGACCAUGUACAGGUGCUGACGCUGAAGUCCAAAAACCUAGUGGGAAUCACCCUUACAAACUGUGGCAUCACUGACCUGGUGCUGAAGGACUGCCCUAAGAUGAUGUUUGUUCAUGCCACGCGCUGCAGGGUGCUGAAGCACCUGAAGGUGGAGAGUGCCCCCAUAGUGAACCGCUUUGACUACGCCCAGUGUAAGAAGCUGGACAUGGAACAGGUCCUGGAUCAGAUCCUCCGCAUGCCCCCGGAGAGAAACCGCAUCAUCUACAUGCGCCCCAUGCAGCAGAUUGACUCUCUGGCCCUGGAGAGGAAGCUGUUCCGUGGGCCGUACCCCUACCACAUCGCCAUCAUCCACGAGUUCAGCAACCCUCCUAAUGUCAGGAACAAGGUCAGAGUACGCAGCUGGAUGGACACCAUCGCCAACAUCAGCCAGGAACUCAUCAAGUACGAGUUCUUCCCCGAAGCUACGCGGACGGAGGAGGAUAUCAAGAAGUAUCCCAGCUACCCCUGGGGCCGAGACAUUUACACCUUGGAGGGACUGGUAGAUGAAGCGCCCUACUCCAUGAUCACAGACUUCCCCUGGCUCCGUACCCUACGGACAGCUGAUCCCAACAGCUACGCACGCUAUGACUUUGAGGAUGAUGAGAGCACCACCAUCUACGCCCCGCGGAGGAAGGGCCAGCUCUCGGCAGACAUCUGCAUGGAGACCAUCGGUGAGGAGAUCUCGGAGCGGCGCCAGACGCGGCGCGGGGUAUUCCAGCGUGUGGUGGUGGUCUUCAUCCACUACUGUGACGUACGGGGCGAACCUGUGGACGAUGACUACAUCUAGUGCCUCCUGUUUUGUCCUGGACUGGGGGAGAGACCUGAGAGGGAGGGGAGGAGGUCUUGAGUGGAGACCCAGCACCCCUGGUGUCUACCUGCCAGGCUCCUACUGUGACCACCCACCCAAUGUUGAGAACCAGUGCUUGACAGAUUUUUCAAUGGAGCUCCAGGGAGGGGGCACUGGAGUUUCUGUCUCGAGUUGCCUUGUUUUGUAUUUUCUGACCUUACAUGAAGGGAGAGCGAGAGGCUGCUCAGUGGGUUGGUUGUCUUCUCACAGCCAUUGUUUAGGGUUUUUCUCAGUGGGGGAAUGACAGCUCCUUGACCUUAGAGGAGUUAAAGCUCUGCUCUUGCCUGCCAUUCGUACUCAUAGAUACGCUAUGUUGAUCUUUCCAUGCACUACCUCGCCGUAUAGGUGAUGUUGAAACUAUGUGUGGGGACCGGCGUAUAUGUUAAAGCACCCAGGGAAGUGUGUAUGCCUAUGUUAUUGUAUAAAUCUGAGAUCUGCACCGAGAGAGAACCACGUACCUGAGCUUGGAGAAUUUAAAGGGCAGUGCUUGGUAUUCUGUUUUCACCAAGAUGUUAUUUUUCUUGAGGGUUUGAAUUCCCUUUUUGUGUUUUGGCAAGAUUUCCACUGGAAUGGAGGAAUAUCAGUUUUCGGGAGUUUGGUGUUUUCACCUACCUCUGGUGCUGACAAAGACACAAGCUUUAGAGAAGCACCCUCAAGCUAGAUGCUAGAAGUGCCCUUAGAUUUGUUUGUUAAAAAAAAACUUUAAAAAAACAACUUGUUUUUCCCAAUAAUUUUUUGGCUAAUUUAUUUAUGCUUUGUUUUAAUUUGUAUUUUCUAUGUUUUAGACCUUCACCUCUGUUCCUGAGGUCUGUUGUUGUUGGGGGGGAGGGGGGGGGGGGUGUAGGUUCAUUAGGUGUGCAUUAUGACUGGUCUGUCUUGCGGAGUUCUGUUUACUUCACGACUUGGUAAAACAAGAGCGAGAGAGAACUGCGACGAUAUCAAAAGAAAUUUGUUACCAAUUAAUUCCCCCCGUCAAUUCUCCUGUAAGCUGUUCCUAAAGAAAAGGGGGAAAAAAGAAAUGGCAUUCAUUGUUAAGCAUCUUUCAUGCAUACAAAUAAUUUAAGAAUUCUCCUCGCCUCUAAUUGAACCCACAUUUCUAGAGACUUCAAGAAUGGCACUGGCUGGUUGUUUUUGAACAAGGCUCAUGGCUAGUGAGGGUCGUAAAAGCAUGUCUCAUUCAUCUCUAGAUGACUGCAAGCAUGCAGACCGUAUCCAAGCAAGAUGACCUUCAACACAUGAGCACCACAGUGUGUCUUAUGUGGUAUAAUAAUACUUCUCUUUAGGAAGCACAACCAAGUUUUGUUCAUGUAUGUGCAUCGCACUGGAACACAGAAGGAAGUAGGAGAAAGAACAGUACAGGAAUGUACCAUAUGUUCUGAAGCUUCUUUUCUAGGUCUCUGGAUUAGUGAAAAAGACACUUCGAUGUUCCCUAGUCUCUCCUACCCUUUGGAUGUUUGAGUUUCACACAGGCUCUUCGGCAGGAAGUCAGAUGGUGUAUGCAAACAAACACGCAUUUUGUCUUAACUACGCACGCAAUGCUGAAUCUGUUAACUGUGAAAGAACCCAGUGUUCCUGUUAGUCGAGGAAAUACAUUUUGAAGGGCACUUUAAGAGUCGGAUAAAAAAAAAAGAAGCCUUUUUAAAGUGUGAUAAGCCCCUUCUUGCUGCUCUACUUUUUUCUCUUGUCUGGGUGACUCCCUCCACCCUCUUCCAAAGCCAGGCUACUAAUGCUUGUGAAGUUAAUCUAGAAACACGCUAAGCUCUGCAGAAAACCUGUGUACAAAAACCCAUGUACAGAUGUGCUGUAUUUAAUGGAUCUUCCAAGAUUUGUUUUAUAUGUUUAUAUUAAAAAAACUAUUUCACAUAAUAAAAAGGGAGAACUGAAUCAA